CCUUUAUAAAAGUAUCGAAUUAUCGAAACGAUAACUCAGCCAUGUUCAAUGGAAACUGUGGUUUGUUAUUGCAAAUAGAAGAUACCUAUCGGUAUCCUGUUGAUAAGCGAUAAACGUGACAUCACGGUCGCUUAUCGCGUUCGAAAUUCAAAAUGUCAUCAGGGAACGCCUUUAAUUAUGACACGAUCGAAUAGUACGGAUAAAUAACGAGGUGGAAAUCGAAAACGAUUUUCCAAGGACGUACCAAAUUAUUACGAACGAUCGAGACUUCUUCGCGGUAUUGCUAACUUCACGGAAAUGCUCUUUCGUAACCUGGUCUGAAAAAUUGUCAGUCGCUCUUUAAACGAAAAAUGUUCAAUAAUAAUUAUCAUUAAUGGAUCGUGGACAUCGUUCGAAGAAGAAAUCUCUGAAAGACGAUAAAAUUAAGAAGGAUUCGUCACUAACUCUUGGAAGCCGCGACCAGGCUGUACCGGAAGCGAAGGAACAUUACCUCUUCCUCCUCGAAUUCUUCAUCCACCAGUUGACCAGCGAACGUUUAGCGAAGCUGAAUCAAAUGUUCUUCGUGCCGACCACGAUCUCCGUGGAAUUUCUGAAUUUCAAGAACGAAGAUGGCAUCGAAAUCACCCCGGUCGACCCGAUGUUCCAGCCUCAAGCAGGAGUCGCCGACGACGUCGAGUAUUUUUAUUCGGGACGAUCCGUCUUAUUCGCGAUCGAUCAAUACACGGUUGUCAAUAAGAUGCUGGAGUUGGUGAUCGAUCUCUGUGUACGGAAAUCGAUGCCGGAAGGAGUGAAACCGGACGUGUUGGUCGGCAAAGGUGAAUUGGACAUGUCGAAGCACUUCGCCGCGCUUAGGAAGGAGAUGCUUCAAUGUUGGCACAAAAUGGUGCCACCGCCGAGGGUGUUCGAGGGCGAGGUACCCUUGAUGUACAACGAGGAGGAGAUCGGGGCCGCGUGUAUGUUCGUAAGGAUCUCCGCUUUCGGUCAGACGAUCGUGACCGAGUUCGACGCGCCUCCCGAACGUACCGUCUCCUCGUACGUCUUCAAAGGGGACGCGUCCGACCGGAAGUCGCCGGUUUACAAAUGCCGGAUCGUCGACUCGCAGAUCGCCGAUGUUUGCAGAGAUUCGAAGGACGAGCUCUACGCCGGUGGUCCUCCUUGCCGCGUCUGCGUGAAGGAGCAGCAUCCUUGCACCCCGUGCGGUGAUCCUUGCGGAGCGACGCUGAAGCCGAACGUCAGCCCCAGCAGACAAUUCGAAUCGGAACCGCGCUCGAGGCCGGUCUCGGGAACGCGAUCGAAGGCGGACUGCAAACAGGCCGGUUUGAUCCAAUCGAGCCGCGGGCCGGCUCAACCGUGCGGAAAGGCGGUCGUUCUGAAGGUGUCCGGCAUUUUGGACACCGGUAAAGAUAAGAAGCCCACGGUCACCGUGGCGCCUGAAUGCGAGGCCACCGAUCCUCACUCCGUCGACCCUGACCAUGACAUCUUCGUGCUGAGGAUCGGGAAGAAAGGCAUCGUCGGAGCUGGUGAAAAGUCAGACAUACAAUUGGAAAUGAAAACGCCCAAGGGACCCGAAAGGGGACCGCCCAUCAGGUACGAGACCCGGGAAAUGCAGACCGACGAAAGCAAGGGAAAGAAGAAGAAGAAGAAAAAGAAGAACUGAUCGGGUUCUUCGAAUGAUUCUCAUUGAAAUUUAUGUUCUAUUUUGCAACUGCUUUAUUGAAUAAAAAUAAUUUGAUAACAGCUUA